CUACAGCUAAGCCCAUCUAUACUUCCCAAAAAUAAGCAACCAUCCCAGCCUGAAUUAAAGAACAAGGUGAAGGUCAAAUGGAGUUUAAGCGAAGCCCGACUUAUGCUCGAACAUUUGUUGGCCGAGCUACAGCGCCAGUACCCAAUUUCCAUCAAGCCCUGGACAUGCCAUCAUUGGGGUGAGGUGGCUGCGCUAUUCCGGGAUCCAUUGAAACACUACGCCAUUGUUGAGACUCUCUAGGAAGCCUGGAUGGGGCAUGAAUGAAGAAUUAGGCUGCAUUGAGGCCAUGGACGAGUUGUGGCGGGAGGUCAUAGAGGAAAACCCGAGUAACAAGAGAUUUUAUAACAACCCCUGGCCAUUAUUUACCGUUUGCGGAAAGACAUGUACAGAUGCGACUGCGACUGGGCGGCCCGUCUAUAUCCCUGGAGACGGGCUUGUCAACGAAGAAGAAAGCGCGAAUGAUGGUGACUUUGGCCAAGAAGAAGACGGGGGAGGAGAACACGAUCACAGUGGGCUUCUCAGACAUCCGUACCUUCUUCAGAGCAAAAUUGCUUCCGUACGGAUUUCGCGUCACAGGAGCCCGGACCUUCUCGUAUUACGACUGCAUUACCUUCCACAGAUUCAAACAAACGCAAAGCGACUUCUUCCCCGGUGGCCGCCACCAAGAGUAAACAGCAGAAAUCUGCUGCGACUGCCAGGGCAAGUCGUCGUGAUAGGGCUAAAGAAACUCGUGAGGUUGAACUUGCUCAAUCGGACCUCGACAGAGCCAACCUUAUCAAAGUCCUCGACACCUUAGUCACAAACGAAGGGACUCCCUGCGAAUAGUGUAGUUUCAGCUGUCUUCGAGGAGAAGAAGGCCUGCGGCCUGCCGGCAGUAUUUGAUAGGCGCGCAAUUUUUGAGUGAGGAGGAGAAGAUAGAAAUGUUGGAAAUGUGUAUGUAUGGAGAGCCAAAUGCACAGGCAGACGUUGCUUUUGACGAAAGAGAAUCCGGAGGAUGAAGUCUGUCGUCAGUUAGUAAGUCGUUUGCUUACGAAAGAUAACUGAAAUUUCAUAAACUAUGAAUUUCCUCGGAACGCUUUUCUUCUAUGUCCACAACUUAUUUUUUCUAUAUCACCGGCGGAUCCUUCCU